AUGAUGAUCCACACUCGAGAGAAGCCCUACAGCUGUGACCUCUGUGGUAAAACCUUUCGCCUGGCUGGUACUCUCAACGUUCACCACAGGAUCCACACUCAAGAGAGGCCCUACAGCUGUGACCUCUGUGGUAAAACCUUUAGCCAUGCUGGCACCUUAAGAGGUCACCGCAGGAUCCACACUGGAGAGAAGCCCUACAGCUGUGACUUCUGUGGUGAUUUGAAGAAACACAGCAGGAUCCACACAGGAGAGAAGCCCUACAGCUGUGACUUUUGUGGUGAAACUUUUAGCCGUGCUGGUACUCUCAACAUUCACUGCAGGAUCCACACUGGAGAAAAGCCUCACACCUGUGAAUGCUGUGAUAAAGCCUUCUCAACCUCAGGUGAUUUGAAGAAACACAGCAGGAUCCACACAGGAGAGAAGUCCUACAUAUGUCCACACUGA